GCGCGCUGGGAGCGGCUGAGCGAGCUCUAUGUGACGCGGCAGCGCGGCCUCCGGCCGCUCGUCUCGGAGCUGCUGCCGGCGUGCACCGCCGCCGCGCUGUUGACGGAUCUCGCCGUCUCGCCGGCCUGGCGGAGGCGCGGGGUGGCGCGGCAUCUCUGCGGGCACGGCGAGCGGCUCUGCUCCGACUGGGGGCUGCCUGGGCUGGCGCUCAAGGUUGAGGAGGCGAACGGGGCCGCCCGGCGGCUCUACGGAGGCCUGGGCUACGAGGAGGUGUUUCGCCGCGACGACGAGAUGGCGACCCGCGUGGCGCGGCUUCCGGCGGCGACGCGAGCCGACACCGCGAGGACGCUCCUCCGGAACGUGCCAUCGUCGGUGCUGACGCUGGCCAAGAGGGCAGAAGAAAGAAAGAACGUGCGGUAA